CUGUAACCAGCUAGGGUUUCUUAGACUAUAUUCAGUCUCCCCAAACCCUAAUUUUACCACACUUCAAUUUUUCAGAUCCAACAACAAUGGUAGGAUUUGAAGUAGGCUUUGUACCGUUCAAUCCAGACGGAUGGGGUCCGCCAGAUGCCGCGUCAGCAACGACCACCACUACCACCACCGCCUCCACGCUCCCUCUCAACGUUCCAUUCGCUCCGUUUUCCCGCUCCGACAAAAUCGGCCGGAUUGCUGACUGGACCCGGAAUAUCAACCCGAACGCCGGCCGUCCUAAUUCUAAACAAAACGCCGCAGACUCCGUUUUCGACUUCACCGCCGAUGAUUCCUUCCCUGGAGGCGCCGGUACCGGUGAAGACGACGCAACCUUCCGCCUCGUUGACGGUAAACCACCUCCGCGGCCGAAAUUUGGGCCGAAAUGGCGGUUUAAUCAGCACCGUCCUCAGCUACCUCAGCGGCGCGAUGAGGAGGUCGAAGCUAAAAAACGAGAAGCUGAAAAGGAACGGGCUCGGCGUGACCGGUUGUAUAAUCUCAACCGGUCCAAUCAGAAUCAGCCACGUCGUGAAGCGGCUGCGUUUAAAUCGUCGGUUGAUAUUCAGCCGGAGUGGAAUAUGCUUGAUCAGAUUCCUUUCUCGACGUUUUCGAAGCUGUCGUUUUCCGUUCCGGAGCCGGAAGAUUUGCUACUCUGCGGCGGGUUGGAAUUCUAUGACAGGUCGUUUGAUCGAACGACUCCGAAGAAUGAGCGUCGUUUGGAAAGGUUUAAGAAUCGUAAUUUCUUUAAAGUUACUACUACUGAUGACCCUGUUAUUAGGAGACUUGCUAAUGAGGAUAAAGCUACUGUUUUUGCUACUGAUACUAUUUUAGCUACGCUUAUGUGUGCGCCACGGUCUGUUUAUUCGUGGGAUAUUGUGAUUCAGCGAGUCGGAAAUAAGUUGUUUUUCGAUAAGAGAGAUGGUUCUCAGCUUGAUUUGCUGUCAGUUCACGAAACUUCGCAAGAGCCUUUGCCUGAAGCUAAGGAUGAUAUGAAUUCGGCUUAUUCAUUGAGUGUCGAAGCUGCUUAUAUUAAUCAGAAUUUCUCGCAGCAGGUUUUGGUUCGGGAUGGCAAUAAAGUUACCUUUGAUGAGCCUAACCCGUUUGCGACUGAGGGUGAGGAAGUUGCUUCUGUGGCUUAUAGGUACAGAAGGUGGAAGCUUGAUGAUGACAUGUUUCUUGUUGCUAGGUGUGAGGUGCAGAGUGUUGUUGAGGUUAAUAAACAGAGGUCGUUUUUGACGUUGAAUGCGCUAAAUGAGUUUGAUUCGAAGUAUUCGGGUGUUGAUUGGAGGCAGAAAUUGGAGACUCAAAGAGGUGCUGUUUUAGCUACUGAAUUGAAGAACAAUGCUAAUAAGUUGGCUAAGUGGACUUCUCAAGCUUUGUUGGCGAGUGCUGAUUUGAUGAAGCUGGGUUAUGUUUCGAGAGUUCAUCCUAGGGAUCACUAUAACCAUGUGAUAUUGGCUGUAGUUGGGUAUAAGCCUAAGGAUUUUGCUUCUCAGAUUAAUCUGAAUACAUCUAACAUGUGGGGGAUUGUGAAGAGUAUUGUUGACUUGUGUAUGAAGUUGAAUGAGGGUAAAUAUGUGUUGGUAAAAGAUCCAUCUAAGCCUCAAGUGAGAAUUUAUGAGGUUCCUGCUGAUGCAUUUGAGAAUUAUUAUGUGGAGGAACCUUUACCUGAGGAAGAGCAGGUUCAGCCACCUGGCCAGGAGACCGAGCAUGCUGAGGCCGAUGGAGCUACCAAUGACGUUGAAGAUAAAGAUAUCGACGUUCCGGGAUUAAGAUUGCCAGAAAUUUUGGUAUGAGGAUGAACUCUGGUUGUGAUAAUGCCUGUGAUUGUAGCAUUUCACAGCUCCAACUUUGCGUCUAAAUAACGCUCCUCCCCUGUUCCACCAACUUCUAUACGAACUCGUUUUGCUUGCAUCUGAUGUGGCAAUAAGUGGAAGAGUUUUGUUAGGUGCUUGCUUGUUUUUGAUACUCAGUAGAUACUGUUAGUAUUCAUGUGUUGGCGUAUUUAUUUGUUGGUCUUGAGUUGAAAUUUACAUAACAUUAUCAUCAUGCCUUGCAAUUUGAAAUGAGAAAGUUAAAACUUGAA